AGAACAAAACAACUACUACUUUGUCCCCUUAGAAUUAGAACAAAAAUCUUUGUCCCUAUAGUAUAAACAAUAAUGCUAAUCCCGUUUUGUCCUUUCUAUUAAUUUUGAAAUACAUAUAUUGAGUUAUGUAAUUUACUGAGAAAGUAAAUAAAAAGUUAAAAAAAAUACAGAGUAAAAAAUCAGAACAUGUCGUCGACUCCGGUUUUCCUUUCUCUCUAACAAAGAGGUGGCGAUUAAGUUUCGUUAUCGAAACCAUCUUCUCCGGCCGUCUUAGUUCGUCGGAGACCUUGAACUCAUCGUCACAUCUCUCCUUCAUCCUCCUUCUUUCUUCUCUCCUCUCUAAACACGACAGAGUAGGAUUACUUUGCAAUCUCCGCCGGCUACAAUUGAAGUUGUUCAAGCUCGGGAAAAGCUUCUUGUCGCUGAUAAAUAACGAUUAGCUUCACGUUGUUCUUCUCUUCCUCUUACUUCAUCUCGGUUCCAAAAUCGUUGAGAUUUAAGCUCUUCUACGGACGAAGAGAUUGACGUUGUUCGAAUUUCAUCUCGGUUUCUCUUUCCCUAAAAUUGAAGGAAUGGCGUACGAGUUUCCACAACGCAUACUUGAAGAAGGAAUUGAGACGCAAAUUGACAAGAUCAACAAUACGUGUAGACGUACAAUUCUGGAGGAAGUGAAGGGUGUUCUCAACACUGAGUAUGAGGAAGUUUUGAAAGAUCCUGUCUUCGGUCCGCUUCUGGCAAUCAUAGAGAACAAGCUCAUCUACUCAGGGAAGAUCAUUCAUAGCUUCAUAUGCAAGCAACUCAAGGUUUCGAAGCUUCACGAGCUGUGGUUUCUAUUUGCUAAGAGGCCUCUUAGGUUCUCUGCGCAAGAAUUUCAUGCUGUGACAGGAUUGAAGUUCAAAGAUGAACCUGACAUAAACUUCAAUGAUUGGAAGGAUGAUAAGGGGUUCUGGAGCAAUGUGCUGAGGAAAAAUAGAAAGGUCAACUUAUCGAUGAUAAAGACGAAGCUUCUUAACGAAUGCAACAAGUGGACGUAUGUGGACAGGGUUAGGCUAGUGUAUCUGUGCGUCAUUCAUGGAUUCCUCAUAGCUAAGGAUUCAAGAGUGUUUAUCCCACAUGAAUACAUCCGUUUGGUGAUGGAUUUUGAGAAGAUGAGGAUGUAUCCAUGGGGUCUUCACGCAUAUGACGAGCUGCUUGCAUCAAUACUCAAAGCAAGGAAAGAUUUACAUCUGAAGAACAGUUACGUGUUGGAUGGAUUCUCCUAUGCGUUUCAGAUAUGGGUUAUGGAGGCAAUCCCAGACAUUGGUAGUAUGGUGGGUAAGAAGAUCAAAAAGAACAUGACCAAAGUGAGAUGUAGGAAUUGGAAAGGAAGUGGGAAAGUUUCCUACGCAGAUAUCAGCAGCCUAGAGUCCCACUUUAAUAAGGGAGAACUGUUCCCAUUUAUAUCUGCUACUGGGAACAAUGAUGUGGUUGAUAGCACUGAGUUCUAUAGGGAAGAUGAGAAGAUAGAUGAAAGAAUUGGUCGCAUUGUUACUCUUCUCAAUGCCAAACAAGAUUGGACAGAUUUCGUAUGGGAAGUCGAGGCUUUGCCUCCAACUUUAGAGCUUUCUGAUUCAGAGACUGAUGGAGAGAAUGUUGAAGUCGAAGAUGUCACAGAUACUCAUGUUGACGAACCGGCUGUUGUUGCAAGAAGGGGAAAGCGUAAGCUAAAUGAUCCUGGUGCGGAGGCUCGAAAGAAAGAACUGCUUUGUCAACGGGCAGCUGAACAUAACAGUGGUAUCUCCAGUGGAAUGAAGACUUUCAUUGAAGGUUUGUUCACCUCUGCUUUCAACUCUUUCAAGGACGUGGUGCAGAAUGACAUCCAAGAGCGUUUUGAGAAGGUCCAAAAAGAGAUGGCUGAGCUCAAGCAAGCGGUGUCACAGAUUCCGGGUCCUUCUGCUACAAUGGGAAAAGACAGAGCAUCUGAGAUUCCAUGUCCUUCAGCAACGAUGGGAAAAUCAUCACAGAGUCCGUGUCUUGCAGGAACAAAGGAAAAAGGCAAAGGCAAGGUUGAUGAGAGUGUGGUUCCUGCUACGGUUCGUCGUAGCCCUCGGCAAGGAAGAAAGGAGAUUGAAACUGAAACUGAUGAUAUGAUGGAUUUUUUGAAGAAUUUGUCACAAUCAUCUACCCAUGGAGAACCUUCAUCAAUAAAAGAAGAAAUGAGCACCCAAGAGUAUUUACAAGACGCCAUGGGGAACCUUUCUCAAGUAUCACAUGUUAAAGGUUUCGAUCCCUCACAAAAAACGAGUGAUGAAGAAGCACCUAAGUGGGUUACUCCAGUAUCAUCCUUCAAGCCUGUAGAUUGGAGAACACCCACUCUCAAAGAUAUGGAAUUACAUGACGACCGGGUGAACGACGAUGAUUACUCAUUAGUGUUUGUCCAUGAGGAUUCAUGGGCUAAACUGAUUCAUUGGUGCUCAACUACCAAACAGCACCUUAAAAUUGGACCUUCUAUGUACACAACUGAGUUAGCAGAACGUAUUAUGGGACCUGCAGUGUGGCUGCAAAAUCAAGAAAUUGAUGCUGUGCUCUUCUUAUUUCGCGAGAGGACUUCUUUGAGACGAUGGAACCCGUCCAAAGUAGCUUUCAUGAGCUGCAUAUUCAGUAAUCAAAUGAAGAAUUCUUACACUGAGUUCAAGAAAGACAAAAAAAAAUUCAGGGUAGAAGGACUGCUCCAUCAGUACGGAAUUGGUGAACUUCCUUCACACGGCCGAACAAGACUAAUGUGGGAUCUUGAUGUCAAUCGUAUGUAUGUGCCUCUUCUUGUGCACGGUAACCACUGGAUCUCUAUGUGUGUCAACUUUGUUACUCGUUCCAUAGAAGUUUUUGACUGUGCGGGACUGAAACACAACAAGGACUUGGAGCCAUUUGCACAUCUCAUCCCAAGAAUUGUCAAAGCCGUGCAGUCUUCAGAGAAGAGGGGAUUAACCGUUAAGCCCUAUGAUGUCACUUACGCUCCAAUGCCCUGCUUCCUAAAUAAGACUAGCAGCGAUUGUGGAGUAUAUGCGUUGAAGCACAUUGAAGCACAUCUUCUAGGCAUGGACUUAACAUGCUGGUGUGGGAAAGGGAUUGUCACUUAUGUUUCAAAAACGGAGGAGAACCCAUACAGAAGAUUCUUCCGAUGUGAGAUUGGUCUGAAGAGAAAGAAAGAGCAACAUCUUUUCAAGUGGGUGGACGAGGCUCUGCUUGAUGAGAUACAAAUGAUGCAUGAGCAACAGUCGAGAAUGGCCAAAGAAAUUGAAGAUUUGAGACGUUCCUUGAAAAUGACAGUAGAGGAAGCAGUUAUCGAGCACAAGAAGUCGGGAGAUGUAGGACUUAUUGGAUCCAUUCUCACUUUUUUAUGUCUUUGUUCUAAAUUUGAUUGAUCUUUUAAUUGUUUUCUGAAUCUAUUUACUUUGUGAAAGAUUGAAUCAAUUUGAUAUUCUGUGUUGUCAAUUUA